AACACUCCUAUAUCUCCUUUUUUUCCCCUUCUUCUCUUCAAAAACAUCUCCAUCUCUCUCCCUUCGCCGGCAAAAAUGAAGCUCUCGCCGGCGGCACCACUCUCUGUCACUCUUCUCCUCCUCCUCGUAUUCCUCUCCACCACCACAAACGCCCACAACAUUACUAAAAUCCUCGCAAAACACCCCGAAUUCUCCACAUUUAACCAUUACCUAACCGUCACACACUUAGCCGCAGAAAUCAACAGACGUCAAACCAUCACUGUAUGCGCUAUCGACAAUGCUGCCAUGAACGAACUCCUCGAAAAACACCUCCCAACUUACACUCUAAAGAACGUGCUUUCCCUGCAUGUUUUUGCUGAUUACUUCGGUGCCAAGAAACUCCAUCAAAUCACUAAGGGAAGUACUCUCACCGCCACUAUGUUCCAAGCAACUGGUGAAGCUCCUGGAACUUCCGGUUACAUUAAUAUCACGAACAUGAAAGGUGGGAAAGUAGGGUUUGCUAAUGAGGAUAAUGACGGUCAUUUUGCUGCUACUUUCGUUAAAUCCGUUGUGGAAAUGCCAUACAAUAUUUCAGUUAUUCAGAUUAGUCAUAUACUUACUUCAGCUGCUGCUGAAGCUCCUGUUGCUGCUCCAAGUGACCUUAAUGUUACAACCCUAAUGGCAAAACAAGGUUGUAAAGCAUUUUCAGAUUUGUUAAAAUCUCAUUCGGAUGUUUCCAAAACCUUUGCUGAAAAUGUACAGAGUGGGUUAACGGUGUUUUGCCCUACUGACGGUGUCAUCAGCGCUUUCAUGCCUAAAUUCAAGAAUCUAACAAAAGACGGACAAUCUUCUUUACUUUUGUACCAUGGUAUCCCUGUUUACAAUUCCAUGGGUAUGUUAAAGUCCAACAACGGGUUAAUGAACACUCUAGCAACAGAAGGUCAUAAUAAGUACGAUUUCACCGUACAAAAUGAUGGGGAUGAUGUGACAUUGAAGACUAAAGUCGUGACAGCAACUAUCUCCGGUACAUUGUAUGAUGAAGAGCCGUUAUCAGUUUACAAAAUCGAUAAAGUUUUAUUACCUAGGGAAUUAUUUAAGGGUACCGUAGCAGAAGAGCCAGCACCAGCUCCAAAGGGUUCGAAGAAAAAGAAGAAGGCCAAAAAGAGUGACGAUGAAGACAUACAGGAAGACGGUGCACCAGAACCUAGCCCGGAAGAUGAUGAAGAUCCUGCUGAUGAUUCGGCCAAUUUGAAUUGGGCCACCAGUGUGAAAAGUACUGGGUGGUUGGUUACAGUUGUAUUGAGUGUUAUUUGUGUGGCCAUUGUUUAAGAAAUAAUGGGACCAUAGUGUUUUUAUACUCCUUUUGUUUUGGCUUGCACAUAGAUAUGAUUUUUGUGUUUGAAAGAGUUUUGGUAAUUUAUUUGUAUUGUGUAAUUUUUUUCUGAACAUUGUAUUUUGGAUUGAAAAAAUUGCAAUAAAUAGCAUCUUCUUAUUCCCUUUAAUUAAUAAA